UGUUACCCUACUAUCGUUGUUACGCGAUGGUUUUAAAUAUGGACACAUCUUUUAUGAAACAACACAUAUUCAUCUCUUCUUUGUUCAUCAUUUAGUUUGAGUUUCAACUAUGGAACUUAAUCAUGAUUCGAUAUUCGCUCCUGAGGUUCCCACUGAAAUUCAUGGAGUCAAGGUCAUGAGACAAACUUCGGAUGCUAAGCUUGCUGAACUCGGGGUUACCUCUUGGCAAUUAUGGGAAAGCAUGCCUCGCAAAUUUCCAUGGAAAUUUAAGAAGACAGAAACAAUGUACUUCGUCGAGGGGAAAUUGAAAGUGAAAGUAGAAGACCAUCACAAAGAAGGAGAAGCCUUAGAAUUUGUGGCAGGGGAUUUGGUUGUGUUUCCUCAAGACAUGAAUGUUUUUGUCGAUGUAAUUGAAGAUGUGAAGAAACGUUAUUAUAGAGAGUCUGAGAUUGAAGAAUCUGAGUUACCUUAAAAAGCAUAAAUUAAUGGAUUUAAAUCUUUUUACUUCAUAAGGCAGCUAGACCUAUAUAAGUUUGUUUUAAAUCUUGAUCUAAUAUAUGUCUUUACCUUGGGAUUUGGUUCAAACCUGUAAUUGUCUUCAUUUUAGAAUCCUUUAAUUUGUUUCACAAAACACCAUUAUGAGGCAAAAACAUAUUAGAAACAUCGGCCACAACAUUUAAAAGAAACAUAUUAAUGGCCUUUAUGAAAAAUGCCCAGUUAUUACUUACU